AUGAUACAGGAUAAGGGAUACCGGGUACAUGAAUACAGGAUACCGGGAUACAGGAUACAGGAGUACAGGUACAGGGUACAGGAAUACAGGAUACAGGGGAAAUGGGUACAUGAAUACAGGAUACAUGAUGAUACAGGGAUACAAGGAUACAGGGAUACAGGAUACAGGAGUACAGGUACAGGGUACAGGAAUACAGGAUACAGGGGAAAUGGGUACAUGAAUACAGGAUACAUGAUACAGGGAUACAAGGAUACAGGGAUACAGGAUACAGGAGUACAGGGAUAUACAAGGAUACAGGGAUACAGGAUACAGGAGUACAGGUACAGGGUACAGGAAUACAGGAUACAGGGGAAAUGGGUACAUGAAUACAGGAUACAUGAUACAGGGAUACAAGGAUACAGGGAUACAGGAUACAGGAGUACAGGUACAGGGUACAGGAAUACAGGAUACAGGGGAAAUGGGUACAUGAAUACAGGAUACAUGAUACAGGGAUACAAGGAUACAGGGAUACAGGAUACAGGACAGC